GGUGCGCGCCCGGUGCGCGGGUGGGCGGGGACUGGUCGGCCGCGGGAAGCGGAGCCUGAAGUGCGAGUGUGGGAGCCGGGGCUCGGGAAGGAAAGAGGUCGCCACGAUGAACACCGUCCUGUCGCGCGCGAACUCCCUGUUCGCCUUCUCGCUGAGCGUGAUGGCGGCGCUCACCUUCGGCUGCUUCAUCACCACCGCCUUCAAAGACCGGAGCGUCCCGGUGCGGCUGCACGUCUCGCGGAUCAUGCUAAAAAAUGUAGAAGACUUCACGGGCCCUAGAGAAAGAAGUGACCUGGGAUUCAUCACAUUUGAUAUAACAGCUGAUCUAGAGAAUAUAUUUGAUUGGAAUGUUAAGCAGUUAUUUCUUUAUUUAUCAGCAGAGUAUUCAACAAAAAAUAAUGCUCUGAACCAAGUUGUCCUUUGGGACAAGAUCGUUUUGAGAGGUGAUAAUCCGAAGCUACUUUUGAAAGAUAUGAAGACAAAGUAUUUCUUCUUUGACGAUGGAAAUGGCCUCAAGGGAAACAGGAAUGUCACUUUGACACUCUCCUGGAACGUUGUACCAAAUGCUGGAAUUCUACCUCUUGUGACAGGAUCGGGACAUGUGUCUGUGCCAUUUCCAGAUACAUAUGAAAUAACCAAGAGUUACUAAAUUAUUCUGAAUUUGAAACA